CUGCGUGCAAAGUAUGAGGAGGCAUUUGAGGGAGUUGGUGGUGGCUCUGAUGACAAAGCCUCUUCCUUUCACUUCUUCACCAUCAUCACUCUCCUCCAACUCUCUCCCCUUCUCUCCUUCCUUUCUCCGACGACAACCUUCCUCCGUCGUUUCACGUCCCAUCGCAACCAUGACCAACACCAAAAACGACACCAAUCAAGAACUGGACGCCAUUUUCAAGCAGAAGAAGCUCGUCAGAUCCAGAGUCCGCAAGGCCCUCAAAGCCAUGGAACCCUCUAUUCGAUCCUACGAAGAUAAUGCGAUUCAGGAUUUAGUAUUGGAUGCUUCAUGGUUUAAGUCUUCUCUGAGAUUGUGUGCUUAUAUAAGUUGCAGUGCUUUGCUUGAAGUUGAUACUUCUAAAGUGUUGUCCCAGAUUUCGGAAAAUCUAGACAAAGAUGGUAACGUGGAAGUGAGGAAGAAGAAGCUUUUUGUUCCAAGGGUGGAGGACAAGAACAGUCACAUGAGAAUGCUACACAUCUCACGCAUUGAUGAUCUCGUCGCAAAUUCGAUGGAUAUUUUGGAACCCGCUCCAGUGGAUGCUGAUGGAAAUGAACGUGAAGAUGUCAUGCAGGCAAAUGAACCCGUUGAUUUGUUCCUCUUACCUGGGCUAGCGUUUGACAGAACUGGAAGACGCUUAGGUCGUGGUGGAGGCUAUUACGACACCUUCAUUAGAAACUACCAAGAGCUAGCAAAAGCAAGAAAUUGGGAGCAGCCCCUCCUUGUUGCGCUCUCGUAUUCCACACAGAUAAUGGAUGAGGAAGUUAUACCAAUCACUCCAAAUGACGUUCCAGUGGAUGCUCUUGUGUCUGCCGCUGGCGUGAUUCCCAUAAGAUCAGCUGCCUUAGAAAGAAUGAGGAUUUGAAAUUGGACCUGACAAAUCAACCUGAAUACUUCCCUUUGAUGGGAGCUUUGGUCAUUGGUAACACCGAUAUGCGGAUAACAUAUGAUCCCAAUAUGCUUGAGUGAGACGCAGGGGAUUUAUGAUUAAUUAGCCAAUAGCUAUAUAUAGUUGAAAGGCCAAGAUGAACCUCCACAAGGUUGUACGUGAUAUGACUAAUUAGCUAUAUAGACUGAUCAGGAAUGCUAUGUUACAGAUUUACGAAAAUACUAAAACUCUACAAUUUCAAGAAAUGCAAUUUCCUUUGAAACAUCAAUUCUUUGUGUGAAGUUGCUCUAACUAGACUAUUUCAAUUUUCAAGA